AUGGAUCACGACCAAGAGAGCGGCGCCGGCCACCUCCUUCUCUUCCCCUUCCUGGCGCAAGGCCACCUCAUCCCUUUCCUCAACCUGGCCAAGCGCAUCGACAGCCUCGGGCAGCGUGCCGGUAGCGGCGGACGUCGAUCUCUCGCGAUCACCAUCGUCAGCACGUCGCGCAACGUCGCCAGCCUUCGGCGCGCCGUGCCGGCCGGAUCGUCCAUCGGCUUUGCCGACCUACCGUUCUCACCGUCCGACCACGGCCUGCCACCAGACGCCGAGGGCGCCGACGUCAUCCCCCUCCAAGCCUUCCCCGCCUUCUACUUCGCCACGGAGUCGCUCCGGCCGCCGUUCGAGAAGCUCGUGUCGGAGCUCGCGGCUAGAGAAGGGUGCAAGAACGUGUGCGUCCUCGCGGACAUCUUCCUGGGUUGGACUGCCGAGAGCGCCAGCGCGCUCGGUGUCCAGCACCGCGUGUUUCUCACCUCCGGCGCCUACGCCUCCGCCGUCACCUUCUCUAUCUGGCUCUGCCCGCCGACGUUCCCCCGCCCGGCCAACCCCGACGACGAGCAGGCGCUGUUCGACUUCCCCGACGUUCGCCUCCGGUACGUGCAGUUCCUGAACAUGGUCGUCACGGAGGUCCGCGCCUCGAACCCAAUGAUGUUGUACCUGUGCCGGAUGCUCAACCUCCACUUCCACCACUCGGGCGGUCUCGUCAUCAACACCUCGGAAGAGAUCGAGCCGAAAGGUCUUCACCUCAUCGGGAAGCUCUCCGGGCUGCCGACUUUCGCUGUCGGCCCCCUCAUCGGCGGUCGAACACCGUCCGAUACACCUCCAGACGGAGACGUCUGCAUCGAGUUCCUGGACUCCAAGCCGCCGGCGUCCGUCCUGUACGUGUCGUUCGGGUCGCAGAACACGAUCCCGGCAUCGCAGAUGAUGGAGCUGGCGCGGGGGCUCGAGGCCAGCGGGCGGCCGUUCAUCUGGGUGGUGCGGGCGCCGGUGGAGUUCGAUGGGGCGGAGGAGUUCCGCGCCGAGUGGCUGCCGGACGGCUUCGAGGAUCGCGUCGCGGCCGCGGCGCAGGGCGUGGUGGUGCGGCAGUGGGCGCCGCAGGUGGCCAUCCUGGCGCACGCGUCCACGGGCGCGUUCCUGAGCCACUGCGGGUGGAACUCGGUGCUGGAGAGCCUGUGGCACAGCGUGCCGGUGGUGAGCUGGCCGCUCAUGUCCGACCAACUGUUCGACUCCCGCAUGCUGGAGGAGCUCGGCGUCGGCGUGGAGGUGGCUUCCGGGAGGAUGUCCGGUGGGCUGGUCAAGGGGUGGGAACACGUGAGGGACGUCGUGGAGACGGUGCUCGGGGACGGCGAGAAGGCGCGGGACAUGCGGCAGAAGGCGGCGGAGUUGAAGGAGUUGGCGCGCGCGGCUGUCAAUGCGGACGGCGAGAUGAAGGGCUCGUCCGUGCUCGCCAUGGAGCGCCUCCUGGACAGCGUCUUCGGUUGA